UCACAUUAAUUUUGCGUUUCUUUAGAAUAGGUCCAGAGGAAAACUUUCUUGCGUUUUUGACGAAGGGGAGACAAGUUCCUUCGAUAUUUAAGUGUGUCGGAAUACCGAUGUAAACAAACAUGGCAGCUAGAACUGCAGACAUAUCUCUAGAAACAAAUAAUUUCGACACUACAGUAAGCACUAUGCCCACAAGACCAGAAGUUACAUACAACUGGGUUAACAUAACUGCAGACUUUUUCCAUGCUACUAAGGACCUUCAGUUGGGUGAAUUAUUGCAUGAUGAUAUCUUCGGCCUGUUUGAAGCAAUGUCAGCCAUUGAGAUGAUGGACCCCAAGAUGGAUGCAGGAAUGAUGUGUAAUAGAGGGAAAAAAGUCCUCAAUUUUGAUCAGGCAGUGAAGGCUGGAGCACUCAAACUGAAUAACUUGACAAUGGAGGAAUUGGUUGGCAUUAUGGAUUCCAUGUUGGCUUGCCUUGUGACAUGGCUUGAAGGCCAUUCUGCUGCACAGACAAUUCUGACAUGCCUUUACCUUCACAAACCACUGAGCAUAGAAGACCGAGCUCUAAGGGCAUUUUCUAUACAAACAUUGAAAUUGAUUGCAAUCAUCAAUAAUAUAGUUCACAGUGCAAGUGUCUUUGAAGAGGAAGAUUUCCAGCCAGCAUUGUAUGGAUAUGGGGUGUGUUCAGAAGUGACUGAAGCUCGUGCAGGGGGUAUGAUGAGAGAGGUAGAAGAAGAGCUACAGAGAGCAGUGAAGGCAACAAGAAAUAGACAAGGGGAACCUUGGGAUACAAAGAUGCAGAAGCAGCAUGAAGAUGCGGUAGCUUUGUUUUCUCGAAUCCGGUUUAUGCGUCUGUUUUAUGCAGCACUUGCAGCUCUUAUGAGAAGAGAACAGGCAUCAAUUCCAGAGGCUGAAAGGUGUUUAGCAUCAUGUACAGAACUUGUCUGUAUUAUGCAGAAUACAAUAGGCCGUGGCCUAAGACCAAAGCCACCUAAAGAUGACGAUGGGAAUAAAGUAGACUAUCCAGUUAUUAUGGGCUUCGAACCUUUGGUAAAUCAGCGUCUUCUGCCUCCAACAUUUCCUAGAUAUACUAGAUUACGAACAAGAAAAGAGGCCAUGAAUUACUUGGAGGAGAUGGUUGGUCGCCUUCGUCAUAUCACCAAAAUUACUCACUGUACCAGUUUUCAUGCAGCAUUGGAGUUCAUUGAACACUUCUCAGAAAGCCGGCCAUGUGUGUUAUCUCGAUCCCUAGCUCAAGUCUUAUACUUAGGUGGUGGAGACAAAUUAUGGGGCGGACAGGGUAUGGCUGAAGCAUUACGAGAAGCAGCCCGUGGAUUUAUUUGCCCUCCAGCACUUUUGCCAAAAGCUCCUGUCAUGAAUAAUGUGCAGGCCAAAGAAUACGUAGAUUCCUUCUUUAACCGUUGUGUACGUCCAUUUGAGCAGCUGAUUCAGACCUGUGGACAUAAUCGAGCACGUCAGCGUGAUAAAGUUGCUCAUCUACUUGAAGAGUUUGCAAUGCUGCAGGAUGAGGCUGAUAAAGUUGAUGCUUAUCUUCAUAAUGUGUUGCUGAAGAGUGACCAGCCACGACCUCACCUUGCUUACCUAGGAACUUGGGUCCUCUACCACACACUAAGACUCAUGAUCAAGUACUUACUCACCGGAUUCACCUUAGAGUUGUAUGCUGUCCAUGAGUAUCAUUAUAUAUACUGGUACCUUUAUGAGUUUGUUUAUGUCUGGUUAGUAAGUGCAUUAUCUCGUGCAGAUGCAAUGCUCCUUGAACAGGAUGGUUAUGAAACUACAAAGAGUGGCAAGAGUGGAAGAUCUUCCAAGAACAAAAACAGAAAUAAAAAGAAACAUCGUCCAUAUGGAAAAGAGAUCACUUACUACCAGGCUCUUCAGCACAUGUGUGGUGGGUACUACAAAGCUAUGGUAGGUCUACGAGAAGCAGGUAAGGUAAAACUUCCUCUUCAGGAAUUUGACAGUGAGCAAGUUAGGUAUGAGCAUAGGUUUGUUCCAUUUAGUGUCAUUGUUACCCCACCAGCAGUUCAUUACGACCAGUUCUUAUCAAUGACUGAUCUGUCCAACUUCCCCCAGCCAGUUUCUCCUGCUACUUUGUACCAUGAUGCUAGAAACCAUUUCUUCAAGGCUAGAACACUAAUGGACACGAUUCACGCUCCAAGCACUGAGGUUCAACAACUCCUGAAAGUAGUGAAAACUAACUUUGUUGUCAUGAAAUUGCUGGAAGGAGGACACAAAGCAGAUGAUCCCUCCAGGCCACAGUUUGACUUCACUACACAUCCUUGCUUUCCAAUAAUUAAGAUUUAGCAGAAGGUCAUGAGGAAGAGGUCUCCCAAGGAACUUCUUCCCAUCAAAGAAUUAAAGGAAAGUAAGUAAACUUGCACAAAAAUGAUAAAGAAUAUUUUCUCACAGAAACAGAAUAGUUAUUAAUAGUUCUGUAACUAUUUCAUAGAAAAAAUGUUUCUCUUUAUAGGCACGGGAGAAAACCAAAUCAUUGAGGAAGAAUGAAUGGUUUGUGUAUGUUGACAGUGUUUGAAAUUUUAGUGACAUGUUUUGCAAAGUAAUUGGUUAAAUGCAAUUGGAUGAUAAUAUAGAUAUUUUAUUUGUUUCCAAACAUGCAGGUCACAUUGAAGGUUAAAGAAUUUAGCUUCUAAUUUAGAUGUCAGAAGCAUAUUCUCUUGGACAAUGGUAAAAUCAUUUGUUAUGUUGGAAAAGUAGGAAUAUUAAAAAAAAAAUUUUAAGCAAGUGAUCUAAUCGGAGAUAGUUUGUAAGUUUGCAACAAGAGCUGAUAUGCUGUCAAAUCGUUCUAAAUGUACUUUUCUAUUCAAUGUAUGUAUUAGAAAGAAAAGACAUUAUUGAAAGUAAGUUCUGUUUAAGGUUAUGAACAGUCCCUUAAGUUUUCAUUCACUAGUAAUUUUUAUAUUGUUAUUGUAGUGAUUGUUAUACUUUUUAAGCUUUUUGUCCAUUUUUUAUUUCUUAGGACUUCACAGACAAUUCAGUGGAAAUGAGAGGACAAACUGUGCUGUGAUUAAAUUUAUAGUUAUAUGAUGUAUAGAAAUGUUGUUUAUACACUUUAUAGAUCUUGCUUAGUAUGUUUGUGUUUUCCUUGCCAUUUUCAUUGUAAAUGUUCCUGGAACACAAAGAAAGAUUAUUUAUUAUUGUUAUUUGGAAAUUUUGCUUUUCCUAGCUAUCAAUUUUCUAGAUACCUCAUAAACUUUAAUUGGCAAAUUUUGCUUUUCCUAGCUAUCAAUUCUCUAAACACCUCAUAAACAAACUCCCAAAACUGUAGUCCCUGUUCGUUAAGCUAUACUUAUUCUUCUUUAAGAAUAAUUGUAGGACAGUAUCAGAUUUUGUAUUCCCAAACUUCAUACUUAAUUUAACUUCAUAAUUCUUCAAUAAUUAUUUUUGUAGCAUGUUUUAUAAUAAAUAUUGAGCUUAUACAUAUAUGUUUUAGAAGCAUGAUAUUAGAAGUUCACAUAUUAUUUUUCAGGGGAAAUCAAAAUGCAGUACACAUUUGUUUGUUAAGCCUAAAUAGACCGUGUUCUUUGGUUUGGAUAUUAUUUAUUUGAUCCAAAUUAAUAACCACACAGUUAUCAGACAUAUUUAUGAUAUGUCAGAAAUUACAGUGGACCCCCCGUAUUCGCGUUCUCCAGAUUCGCGGACUCACACAUUCGCAGAUUUCUCUCGGGAACGUUUCCCUGCAUUAUUCGCGGUAUUUUUCUAUGGUAAAUAUCCACAAAUUCCUGGGGGUUUUUUUUGUGAGUUUUAACUAACAAAAUAGGCUGUUUUUAGCAUUUUUAUAGGGGUUCCAAACAUUCGCGGGUUCUAACUAUUCACGGGGGGGUCUGGUACGCAUCCCCCACGAAUAUGGGGGGACCACGGUAUAUUAAUAAUGUAUCUAAAUUGGUCACUGCCACAUUCCUAGACUCCUUGAUGACUCGGCCAAAGGAUUAGUUCUUGAAUUAUAGGUGAAUAUUGGAGCAUGGUAAUACAAAAGAGCUGUAACAGUUAUAGGAAGACUGAAGAGAACAAAUGUAAAGGGAAAAGUAGAAAGUUACAAAGCUAGGACCUGAAGGGACACCACACUGAAUGAGCCUAAUUGGAACACUGCUAACAGUAUUCAUCAAUGGGGGUAAAGCAUCUUUUCUAAAGUCAUUCAUGCCUUUAUAUAGAAAGACUGGUCUUUGAGAACUAUAUUGCAUUUAGGGAUCUUAGUGUUGUAUGGAGGUUGUGUUAACUGUGUUUUGUGAUUUUAAUUUCUUUUCUCUCUUGAAAAUUCUACCUUAAACAAGAUGUACCAUACAAAAGUCAAAAGAUUUUACAUGGUUACUGUGCAUAUGACACAUUAAAAGUAAAUACAUAGAUUUUCCAAAAGACAAAAUUCAUAGUUUCACUAAAAGACAGUUGAUAGUACUCAGUUAAAGAGUAAGUUCUUUAUACGUUAAGGAUAUCAAGAGGUACUAUUUCUUAUUCAGGCCUUUAAGAGGAACAUGCAUUAAAUAGAGCUGUAAAUUUGUUGAUAAACAAGCAAAAUCAUAUGCAGUGCAUUUUUUUCACACAUUAGGCUAGCUUUAGGGAUGAUGAAAUUAGUUAGAUCCUUUUUACAAUGUACUGUAACCAGAUCACUGUGGCACUCAUCUGGACUCAUAGGACUGGCUUGAAGGAGAGAUGAAAAUAGAAACAAAAAGUAAUUGUUGAACAAAUGGAUGAUGAGAAAGGGAAGAAAUGGAAUGUAGAAAGCAGAAAGAAGUGCAGCUGUGACUGAAGGAACGUUGUAGAGAACCUUUGCACUGCCUGUAAAGUCAUAGACUGGCCACUGUAAGAAAGACUCCUUACAAAAACUACGCUGUAAUUAGGUAGCAGGUGACCUCCAAUAAAUUCAAAUGUAUGAGACAGACACUCUUUUUCUAGUCAUUAAUGUGUUUUCUCGUGGCAUUCCUCUGUCAGGACCUACAGUUCAUGUAACAGAAAGCUUUUAUUGCAUGUUAGCUCCUAGAAUGGAAACUGAACUUAUAAAAAUUUGGUUAAAAAAAUGGGAAUACUGUUUUUCAGUACUUGGAGUGGGUUUACAUUUAAACAAAUGAUUAGAAAAUAAAUAGAAAAUUUACUUUCUGUUCAGUUUUUGUGUUCAAUAUGCUUUUAUGGUUUUAGUUAACAGUUACUGUAAAGAUGAGUUGUAUUAUCAUACACUAAUAAAUUUUAAGAAUACGUACCUAUUUAGUUUACUAGAAAUAUUGUUUGGAAAGGAUUGUGAAAUAUAUUAUGUCUUGUUGGUAUGGAUGAAUUCAUAUGAUGUGAAAAAGUGCAUGCUUGAGAACAAUUUUUAUAAAUGUGUUUGUGCAUUUGGAGGGUGUGAGGGAGUUAGUUCUAAAUAUGUAUGUAUAGUUGUUUUCCUUGCACUUCAACCCCAAUAUUUUCAUUUGUGGAAUAUGAUACUAUAAUUAUAUUAGCUUAGUUUUCCUAAAGUAUACAUGAUAGUGAGGGCCAUUAGACAAAACUCUUCUAUUUAAAAUUUUCUGGUAGUAUUUUAAUCUUUGUUCUUUUUCAUGUAUUGAUGUAUAUUAUAUUUAACCAUAACGAAGGAUUGAGAAGUUGCGGCUGUAUGUUUUGAGCAGAUAGACAAGGGGCCAGUCUUUCAUUAUUGAUGUGAUUUCCUAGCAAUUCAGGAAAACUCAUCUAGCUCCAAAGCACUUUUCCAUAACUUAAUUCUUUUUUUGUGUAUCAGGAAUAUUUUCAUAAUUUUUCAGUUAUACGUAUAUGUUAAUCCUCGAUCCUUGUAGUAAAGUCAUGGCUAUGCUAUAUGUGACUAAUCAUCUUCGCAUAUGUGAUGAGAAAGACUUUUGCUUCAUCAAAAAUUUUCACUUGACAAUAAGCCUGUUAUUUUUGCUGAUGCCAUUUCUCAACACCACAGAUCUUGGCCUAAGAGAUAAAUUGUUAGUUGUAAAAGGUGAAGAGGUAUUAAAAGAUGAGAGAGAUGUCCUCCCUCCAGGCCAAGAACCAUCUUGCCUUACCUGCCAUCAUACUUUCUAAUUUUUCUCCUUUUUUACUUAUGCCACUUAAAUGAUAGACAUUCAAGUGAUAAUAACCAAUACAUUAAGUGUGAUUUUUUGCUAGCAUUUUUGCAUUUUUCAUAAAAAUCCUUCAAAUAUUGAUUUAUUUGCCUUUUUGGAGCCAUAUUUCUUCCAUCGGAUCAGCAUCAUAAGAAUAUGUUUGAAAAGCAUCAUAACCUCGGAACGUUGUAAGCCGGAACCGUCGUAAACCAGGGAUGGCCUGUACUUGGAUGGUACUCUGCUUAGCAGUUUUUUGAAUCUUGAGAUAUGUGAGUGUACAAGAUUUCAUAGCUCUAUGGAUCUGCAUGUAGUAUUGCUGGAUAAAUGUUACAGUACAGUACUUGGUCCUAGGCUAAGUCAAGACAACAUCCAUAUUUAGCCAGUAGACAGUUUAACUUCCUUUGGGACCGAUAGGUAUUUUGCCAGACUUUAUUCUUCAGGUUAACUUUAUGGCAUUUUAUUUAAAAUACCAACUGAAAUGUGACAACAGUAACAACCUUCUGUGGCUUUAGAUCAGGGUACAAUACACCUGAUUCAGGGUGACAACAACUGCAGUCUACAUUGCAGAAUUAUUUCUUCCUGACAUUUAUUUAUUAUACGUACCUCUUCUUUUACUUAAAAAGAAACACCAAUAUUUGUGUUGGUCAUCAGUGGUGCAGUAAAGAGAAACACCUAUAUUUGUGUUGGCCAUCAAUGAUGCAGUCUAGUGUCUGUACACAUACAUAGAGAAUUCUUGGAUUUAUAAGAAGUAAGUCCCUCUCCCAAAAUUUUAUGAAGGAUCUUUCUCCACUUAUUGUGUAAUAUCAUAUUUAGCAGACAUGAUGAUUGAAGAGCAUACAUACUGCAAAGAGUUUUGUGGCAGAAGACUCAAGAUAAUACCUAAUUAUGUGUAACCAGGAAAAGUCGAACCUCGUACCUACUCAGAGGAUUCUCUACCUAGGCAUGGUCAUCGAUACGACAGUGGCAAGAGUUUUCCCGUUGGAUCAGAGAUUGGAGAAGUUGCAGACUGUGGUGCGCAACUUCCUUUCAAAGUCACAUCACUCAGCUCAUCAGUGGCAGGUUCUUCUGGGAGUGUUAUCUUCCCUGGAGAAGCUGGUCCCUCAUGGGCGUCUUUAUCUUCGGUCUCUGCAAUGGAGACUGGGGGAAUUCUGGUCUCCGGCGGAGGACUCUCCCCUGUUUAUGGUCCCACUGUCUUUGAAAGUGAGAGAAGACCUUCGUUGGUGGUUGGACGACCAGAAUCUAUUGAAGGGCGUCCCUCUGCGUUCUCUCCCUCUGGACUUCCUUCUGUUCUUGGACACCUCCCUCGCAAGUUGGGGCGCGCACUUAGGCGGCCUCAUCGCUUCAGGGGUUUGGGGUUUAGAGGACAAGCAGCAGCAUAUCAACGUCUUGGAGUUGAAGGCGGCUUUCCUGGGUCUGAAGGAAUUUCGGGGGAUGGUAGAGGGUUACUUUGUCGUUCUCAUGUCAGACAACACCACGGUGGUAGCCUACGUGAACAAUUGGCUUUUGAGUCUUAAACUUUAUAAACCAAUCCCAUCUAUAGGUUAGUUAUAGAUAUAGGUACUAAUUACCAACUUGACACUAAUCUCAAGCCAAAUGACAUUGAAAAGAUUACAACUUGAGAGUCAGUGUCCUAUUCAGCAUUGAUAUUUUGUAAAUUGCUAAUUUGUAUAGGUACAAAGUGUUUUUCAUUAUGUAUUUCAUCUGAUUAGUGCACACACACUCACAUCUCCAGGGCUAUGGAAAGUAGAAAAAGAAUGUGAUGGCAGAUAAGACUAGUAGUUUCCCAAAUGGAUAUGAUGUAGAUGAGACUGGUAACUUCCCGAAUGAAUUGAGUUUGUUAUUAUGAACUACUUCCCCUCUUUUUACAAGUCACAAUACAUCUCUGUCCUCCAAACUUGAACAGGCAAAAUAACAUCAGUAAAGUAAUAGAUUGGUGUCUAUGAGCAUAAUUUUCAUAUUUAUGUACUUUGCUGAAAACAUUGCAUAUCCUUAAUACCAAGGAUUCAGAAAUCUGGUAGGGUUGAAGUUUAUUUAAACAAAUUGAAGUUUUUUAUGUCUAUUACAAUGAUCCCUUUGGGUUUUAUGUUCAUAGAGGUUAAUUAUCAUUUAUUGAUGUAUUAACAGUACAUGAGGCCUAGAAAGUAAAAUACUCAAUUCUUUUUCUAGUGAUGUGAAUUUAUAUUUUAUGAUCUGUCUAUUGAUUCAUUUCAUUAUGUAUUGAAUUAUAGGGAUUCCCACAGGCCUUAGAUCCUUCCCAUUAAUGCUCUUGGGAAUACUUUUGAAUUUUAAUUAUGAGUUACAAAGUCAACAUAUAUCUUGUCACCCACCAUCCGAUUUUAAAGAAAUAUUACAGCUUGUAUCAGUUCAUUGACAUGAAUAUAGCUUUUAAAGGAAGAUUUGUAUGUUAUUUAUAUGGAGAAAAUAAUUGGAAUUCAACCAUCUAAUAGAAUUAUUUUAUUACUAGAAAUAUCAAUAAUUAUCAGUACAAUAUCUUCUUAUCUACAGAAUGAAAUUGAAAGUUAUCUUUCUGAAAACGGUUUAAGAAAGCAUUUAAGUUAGAUGAGUCAUCUAUGAUUAGUGCAUAGAAUAGUCUAAUAUUGAAACCUAAAAUAACCUAUGUUUGGCAUUUGAUUCUGUAAGACUUUUUAAAUUUCAUUGUAGAAUACUAACCCUUAAGUACAAACCAUAACUUUACCAAUGCCUUACUUGCUGACUAUAGUAAGAACUGUGUCCUUUACUGCAGAAUAACACUUGAAAAUUUCAGUCCAUUAAGGGAAAUACUAUGCUGAGUUAUUCAACUUUUAGGGAAGAAUUUGUAUUUAGGUAGGUAGUACUACUUGCAAUUGAGAUCUUACCGGUCAGUGUUACUGACUUAUAACCAUACUGUUUUAGUGAGAAAUUUGAGUAAAUAGUUAUUUCAUUGCACUAUUGUUUAUUGCAUAAGGAACCCAUAUGCUAAGGCUGAAGUGUAACAUGCACUUUGAUGUCAUCAGUGAUCAUCUUCCUUUGCUAAUCUGAUGUUUAAUAGGUAUAUAGAUUAACAAACAAAAUUGCCACUACAGGCAGUCAGUCCCUGGUUUAAGAAGGGGGUUCUGUUCCUACACCACAUUGUAAACCAAAAAUCUUCGUAAACCAGAGAAAACCUUACUUAAUAUUUGGGUGUACAUAUUGAAAAUGGUGUAUGUAAACUACAUUUUUAUUGAGUUUUUCAUUUAAAAAAAAAAUCUUCAAAUUUUUAUUAUUCUGCUGUUUUGGAGCCAUAUUUCUUCUGUCAGAUCAACGUCUUAACCCGAGAACAUGCGUCAUAAAAUGGAAAUAGUUUCUGGUGAAUAUUGUUUGACUUGUAUAUGUAAUAGUUUUUAUUUUCUUUCACCUUUGGGAAUAUUAGGAAUUACAUUACAUAUUUUAAAGUUUUCUACUAAAUUUCCUGUCUCAUGACCUUGCAGGUAUGCAUUGCAUAUUGCAGUUGAUGUUAGAUGUGUGAAUUUUCUCUGUGCAGAACUAACCCCCCAGUUAACUACUUACCUAGCUUUCAUUUGCUAUUUUUCUGUACCAAACUCAUUUCAAUUAUCACCAGCAAGGAAGACAUCUGUAAAACUUUGGUUUGCAGUAUUAUAUGAAAUUAAAACAAUUCUAUCCAUAUUGAAAUUGAUUGGUCAAGCAUAAGUAUAAUUAAAGUACUGAUUACCUGCACAGUGUUGAGUCAGAUGGAAAAUUUUAUGUAAAUUAUGUGCAAUAGGAUUUUAGAUAGAAAAAUGAAUGAUUGAGAACCAUAAUUAUUAUGGAACCUUACAGUGCAUUUUAGAUCAUAUUUGAUAUACAUGGUAAUAUUGGCAAAUAAGGGUAUGAAAUGUAUUCAGCCGUAAUCCAAUGUUUUCUGUGUAAACCAUUUUUUUUAUACUAGUCAUCAUAUGCAACUUGAUUUCUCAGGACCAGAUAUUUUUUACCAAAUGUAACCUUCCAAAUCCCUGGAAUUAUUUUAUUUUACAAUGGUGAUGUUUGGUUUAUAAUCAAACUCUAUUAUUUCCUUGUUUUAAUUAAUGGAGUUUCAAGCUUUCCAGUACUUUGUAAUAGCCUUGUGUAUUUUAGUAUGAAGUAGUGCUCAUGUUUUUCCAGACUUUUCAUGUAUUAUAUACUAAGCAAAUGAAUGUGCUUCUGUCAUUCCUAUAUUAUAUUUGUUCUUGCAAGUAACAAUUUUUUUGUAACUAAUGCCCCUGACUCCUUUCUAGGCAGAGACAAAGUUGCAUUGGAAAUUAUUAAGAAGGAAACCCUGAGUUACACAGUGUGGGUAUUUGCGGGUCACAGGAUAUCAAAAUUACAAGUACUUAAUGUUUUCAUCUUCUAAACAAAUUAGUUCUUUACUAGUUAUGGUAAAAGAUAUCAAUGUUGAAAUAGCCCUUUUACAAACAUGAUUCCUUCUUCCUUUAUCUUACUUCAUUCUCUGCUUGUUAGUACUACUGCAAUGCCUAACUCUCAUAAAUCCAAAUUCCCUCUAUGAAUUAGUGUAGUAUAAUACACUAUAGGUAUACUAUAACCUAUGAGCAAACUCCUGUGAUGAAUGUAAAAAAUAUGUAAUUCCUGUAAUUAAUAAAGAACACAUUUUUUUUUCUCUCUCUCUCUCUCUCUCUCUCUCUCUCUCUCUCUCUCUCUCUCUCUCUCUCUCUCUCUGGUUUCAGUUAUGAAAUGGGGAAUUAAAGUAAGUAAGCCAAUCAUUUGCUGGUAUAUAAUAGUAGUUGCAUUUAUUAUGCUGGUAGGUAAGAAUAGUCACAGUUUCAGUUUCAAAUAUGGUUAUAUAAUAGCUUAGUUUAGGGCAGUAGUAAUAGAAAUAUUGACAUAUCCUAAUGCUUUUUUGUAUUGGUGAAGUAUCCUAAUGUUUUUUUGUAUUAAGUGGAAUUUUAUAUGUAUUGUUUUUACCAUUGGUGUGUGUGUGGGAUGUUUGUCAGAUAUAAAUUUUGAAAUUUGGGAAUCCCUUGGAUUUUUAAGAUUUCUCAAGCUCUUGCUGUCAAUUUAUGAGUCUGCAAGUUUGUGGCUAACUGUAUAUGUGUAUUUUCAAGUCUUUUCUGGUGCAUUGUCCACUGAUGUACUGUAUAUGUCUUGGCAGAAGCUAAGCAUUUGAUCGCCACCAGCACCAAUCAUCCCCUAGUUUUUUUUUAUGUAUUUCUUUGUCCCUUUGUUUUCCCUAGGUAUCACAUAGCAUUUGCUAUUAUGUAUUUCUUAGUUGUCCCUUGAGAAACAAGACACCUAGGUAUCACAUAGCAUUUGCUAGCGUUCACUGUCAGAAGCAAGAGUGCUGACCUAUACCCUUGUCUUGGGUAUGUUCUGUUUUUAGGGCAAAGAUUGCACUCUUGUAAACAUGUACCAUUGGUGUUUUGGUCAAAUGACACUUGGUUCAGGUAUGGGAUGCAGUGGUCGUAUGCCAACUUAAGACUGCAUAUUGCAUCUGCUUUUGAAUUAAUAAGAGAAAAUUGUCAGUCUCUGUCUAGACAAGUCGUUAAGGCAUUGUAAAGUUACAGGUUUGCAUUUAUGAACAAAUUCUUUAAAACAUUUCUUAUACAAGACCUGAAUUAGAUGCAUCUUCAUGUUAGGUAUCUGUUUAUAUAUUAAUAAGCUUCAUGUAGAUUAUAGAAGUUCAAAUGACUUGGAAACAUGAUGCACAAUAAUUAUUAUAUAAUAAUUUGAAAAAAAGUUUUUUUUUAUUGGAAAUGCUUUUACAGGACACAAUUGCAAUGUUCUUAAGAAAUGGGUCUCAAAUGACAUCAAUAUAGCUUCCUAAAUGAAGUCAACUGUGUACUAUAGGAUUUGUUCUAGGUUUUUACCAUUGCAUAGAAACUUCUGAAUUAUUUUUUAGAUUAAAGUCUCAAAGGAAAUGUGUACAUUUAUUUAUACUUUGCAUUAUGAGAGUUUAGUUGUCAAGUACAGAAGUGAAAUAUGGAAAUGAAAGCCUUGCUUUGCUUAGGAGUAAUGGGCUUUAUGAUUUGAAAGCUACAUUUCCUAGUUGAAAUAAAAGAUACUACAUGAGAACUGUUAAUACAAAGUAGUAACCCUACCUGUUUUGUACUGAGAAAACCUAGAAUUUUAAUAAUGUUAUCUAGUUAUUUGCUUAGAUUUUUUACUUUGAUGAACCCUAGAAGUUUAUGAAGCAAACCAAGACAGUGUCAGACCAGUUUUCAUGGCAUUUCACAGUCACAAUCUCAGGUUCUUAUUGUUUAGGAUGCCUACUUUUCUACAGGAACCUCAAAUCCUUUUAUGGGAUUGUCUAGUGUAAGAGAGCUUGGCGUCAUUCUUAUAACCUAUUCCUUGUUUGUGCAUAUCCUUUCAUCUGCUACAUGCAGAGCAUAUAAAAAGGUGCUUCAGAGGUGUUAAGAAAAAUAUCUACAAAAAUUGUAGGAAAAUCAUAAUUAUAUAAUCUUAGAUAUAAGAUGGCAAGAUUUAGCAAGUUAGAGUUAGCAGCAUAAAGAACUUGGUCCUUUCAGAGCUUUGAAAUAAAUUACCAAAGUGUGUGGACCUACUAGAGGCCUUCCUUAAGCACCUUUGAUAUUUUAUGUAUGGUGUUGAAUGGUUUUGAGAUAUCUCGUCAGAUAAAAAAUUUUUAUGGGUAAGGUUUUUAAGAGGUAUAAUUUUCAAUGGCAAUUUGAAAUUAAUGUUCAAAAGCCUUGCUUCUUUGAAAUGAAAUGCAUUUUAGUACUUUUCAUUCGUUAUGCGCAAGAAUUUUGUAAGCUUUAAUAUUGAGUAAUUUAAGAGUAUAACAAAUAGUAUAUGUGGCAAAGAGUUCAUCUCCCAGCAUAAUGUGUAUAAGGAGUUCGUUCAGCUUUGUAUUGGCAGUAAAAGUGGCUUGUCAUUCAUUGUAGGAGGAAGAAUUGUACAAAGUAUAAAUAAGAGUUACUGAAGUUUAGAAGCUAAUAUAGCUUAAAUGACCCUUUUUUUUUUCCUUGCUAGUUUUGCAACAGUAGUACACAGUUACCAAUUUCACCAAUUUUUCUGAUGGUGAUGUGUUAUGAUUCAAACAGUUUUGCUCUGUUUGCUUUAAUAAAUUAUGGAAGAAUCACAGAUGUUCCCCUCAAGAGCACAGUAUCUUCAUAUAAGACAUGGAAAUUCUGUGGUAGUCACAGAUGUGUAUCUUUUAACUAAAAAAUAGAAUUUUAUGUUCUAGUUUGUGAAAUAAUCAAAGGAACUAAGUCCAUCCCUGAUAUUGGAAAAAUUGCAAAAGAAAUUUUACUCAACUUGCAUAUCUGUAAAACGAAUAUAUACAGUUAGAUUAGAAUUAUUCAUCUUACAUGUAAUGAGGCAAGGUUAUUCUUAUAUAAUAAAACUUACUUUCACAUGUUAAUAACCUAUGUGUAUCCCUUGGGGCCUUAUACCAGAUGAAAAUAUGAGCUCACUGAAAACAUUGUAUCAUACCAGCUUGUGGGGUUCAAAUUGUAAGCAUUGUGUAAAUGUCUGAUAAAUUUUGUCUUAAAAGUGCUUAGCCUUUCAUCUAAUCCCAUAUCUCUAUAUGCUGUACAGUAAAAUGUGUAAUAAGAGGUUAACACGAGAAAAUCUUAUCCAUUUGCUGCUGAAGUGUUUCUACUGAGUUCCAUCUCUUAAAGUUCUUUAGUAUUCAGUAUCUAGUAAAGUUUUUAAUAAAGCUGGAGUUAUUGCUUGGCUUUCUUAGGAAAUAAUGAAUACUAUAUUUAUGCAAUGAUAAUCUCAUGCUUUCAUCAUCCUAACCAUAACAUCACCUCUUCCAUUUUCUUAUCAUCAUUAUUGCAUUCUGUAGUCUUCCAUAUAUAUUCAUAGAAUUCUAGACUUCACAUCUUGUCAUUCAUUCAGUUCAUUUUUCAUGUACAGUCAUUCAAGGACCUGAAAUCCAGUGAAUUAUCCAAUGUUAUUUGUACAUUUCCAUAAUAUGCAGUAUAUAUAGUAUUUUACUUUAUGGAUAUGAAAUAUGGAUAUACUCCUGUAACACAGGAAUGCAGAUGAAAGAUACCAAUAAAAAAAGCCUGAAGGCUUUGGGAAUUUAUGAAAAAAUAUUGCUUUCUCAUUUCUACAGGUUUGGUUAACAAGGUUCUAACUGAGUUCUCUGAGACAAUGUCUUAAUUUUUGCAUACUUUAUGUUAUUUCUGCUCCAUUCAGUUCGUAAGAGUUGGGUUGCCUACUGUUUAGUCAAAUAUGUUGAGACCUAUAUACUGUCAGCUCCAAAGUAGAUAAAAUUUUCUCAAGAAAAGGAAGUGCAGUUUUCCUUUGUAGUAUGUAAAUAUUGUACUGCUUUUCAAUGUAUGUUAAAGAAGUGUCAAAGUUAUCUGUACAACUGGUAAUAACCUUGCCAACAUUUCAUUAUUAUUAUUAUUAUUAUUAUUAUUAUUAUUAUUAUUAUUAUUAGAUUAUUAUUAUUAUUAGAAGGCAGUGUAUCACACUAGGUAGGAAAAUAUUAUUUUAUUACUUUAAUUCCUUUACAGAACUGCUGAAAGGUGUAUUUUGUAAUAAUUGUGGAAAACUUGGACGUUCUCCUUCCAUGAACUUUAACUUUAAAAGUUUGACUUGCAUGAAUUUAUUAUAAUGCUGAGGUGGCAGUAAACGUAUGAGUGUAAAGUAACUGAGCUUUUUAUGUAGUUACCAUAUGCUUGACUUUUGGAGUAGCAUCUUGUAAUUGUCAUUUAGAGUAGAAUUGCUUGGCAGUGGUGUAGAUUUCUUUGAUGACUGAUAGGACCUUUAGCGAAUCAUUUUGCUUCUGUAGAUUCGUUUGUCUUUUCAAAUUGGAGUUUCACUCUAUGCCAUAAUAACCUUUUCUAGUAAUAUAUCUAGUAAUUUGUGUAUUUAUAAACAAGUGGUUUACAAGUCAAGGCUUGUAUAUUUGGUAAUGACAAAUUGUCAGAAUAUAACAAUAGUAAAUUAGUGUUGCCAUUAUAUUAACCUGCCUUUGUGCCUAAUGUUCACAGUGUAUGUAACCUUGAGGAUAAUAAUUGCCUGAUUGGUUUUGCAUCUAGAAGUAGUCCAACAGACUCUAUGUCCAUGUUGUUGUUCUUUAAUGUUAAUAAAGUCAAGAGACUUUUCAAAUAAGAAAAGCCACAGAACAAAAACUAAUAAUCUUUUAUACACUAAAUAGAUACACUGAUAAUUAGUUCAUUAUUUUUCUAUUUAAAAGUGAUUUCUUCCUGUCAUCUGCCACUUUAGUUAUGUUGCAUAGCUAGACAAGAUACUGAAGAGUUUUAAACUUUGGCCACAUAACAAGAAAAUAAGUCAUUCUUUAUCCAGAUAUUAAAUGUAGUAUCUGAUUAAAGAUCGUUUCACUUUAAUACCUUGUAAGCUUUUGAAGUCAUAGUGUAAGAAAACAGGAAACAAUAAGUUUCAAUAGUAAAGACAAUGGAACCUUGGUUUUCGUACAUAAUCUGUUCCGGAACCUCCACGAAAUUCGAAGCGUACGGAAACCAAAACAAUAAUUCCAAUAAGGAAUAAAUGUAAAUACAAUUAAUAUGUUCCACACCCCUAAAAAUAUUUUUUUUAAAUGCAUUUUAUAGGAAAAAUAAACAGUUUUACAUACAGAAAACAAUGUUAAAUGAAUAUAAAUGACUAAUGAAAUGAAUAAAUGAAAAUUUAUCAUCACUCUUACAGCGCCUCAGUGGCAUGGUCGGUAUGGUAUUGGCGUGCCACCUUGGUGGCUGGGAGUUCGAUUCUCGGGCAUUCCAUUGACAGGUUAGAGAUGUGUAUUUCUGGUGGUAAAAGUUGCUCUCAAAGUGGUUUGGAAGUCACGUAAAGCCAUUGGUCCCAUUGCUGAAUAACUGGUUCCAUGCAAAGUAAAAACACCAUACAAACAUAAAACAAACAAACAUCACUCUUACCUUUAUGGAAAACACUUGUUAGCAUAUGGAAGACGGAGAGGAGGGGAGAGAGAGGGGAAUCUCCCUCCAGAAAGACUUCAGGUAUCAAGAACCUAUCUUGGGGUUACUUCUUUUCAUUUAUUACUGGCACUAUCUGAGGUUGCUUCCCCUCUGUUUUUGUAUUGGCACUAGGAGCAGCUUGAGAGUUACUGGACCCCUGUUGAACAACAAAACUGUUGUUUCUUUAAAAUUUGCCUAAAGUUAAACACGGCAUUGUCAUUAAACAUGUUGGAGACGGAUAACAACGCCUUUGAGAUGAUAAUUCUCCACGAAAUUUAUUACAUCAUUCCACUUUGCAAACAUGUCCUUAAUCCUUUUUUCUGAAUUUGUCAAACCAGCCUCUGCGGGCCUUAAAUUCACUAAGAGCAGCGCUUGUUCUAGGCAUUUUCUCAGUGAGAUUGGCAUGCAACUUCCUCUAUUACUUGCUACGAAUUCUUUCUUAAAUUCUAUAGUGUUUCUUGCCUUUCUUACAGAAGGGCUUGCACUUUGAACUUUCUUUGGCCCCAUGAUGGCUUAUUUAGCUGUGCACUCAAAUAAAAAAGCACAAAAACAAAGAACAGGGAAGCAGAAUAGGUCAUGAAAGAAGAUGGGAUGCUUUGUUUGAGCACUUCAUACGGAACCCGAUCACGCGGUGGGCCCCGGGUGAGCGUUUCCAAGUGUAUGAAAACCAAGGAUACAUAUGAUAACAAAGACAAAAUUUUGUAGAAAAAGUCAACUCAAACCGAAAUGUAUGAAAAGAGAAGCGUACGAAAACUAAGGUUCGACUGUACAUGAUAUGUUAACGGUCAGUCUUAUUUUCACUGUGAUGUAAGUAAUAAAAUUAAGUGUUCCCCAAUUAAUGUAAUCCUUUAAUUGUACUUGUGAUAUAUUGCCCAGUAUGGUGUUAGGUGAGUGGUGUUUCAUUUGUAUGCAAAGUUUUGUGGUUCCCCAUCAGUUGAGUACAGUGAAGUCCUAGUUAUUUAGAUGCCCUACAUUUAAGCUUUGGGAGCUAACUAGAAAAUUGGAAAAACAGACUUUUCUGGUUAAUAUUUGAUCAGACAUUUUUAUAGUCAUUUAUCACCAUUCCAAGUUAAGCCCAAAAAUUUGGAAUUGGCAAAUUUCAGCAUUUCUCCUAAUACUAGAACUCCCCCCAUCUUAGGAUUUUGAGUAUGCAUGUGUCUGUAUUUACACUAUUUAUUCAAGAAUUAUGCAAAUGCAUUUGGACAGUAUAAUAAACAUACAGUAAAACAUAAGAUGCUGGACAAAAUACAGUAAAACAUAAGAUGCUGGACAAAAUAAUGCCUCUGUUUACACUAGAAUUGUCAAAAAUUUGGUCAAUAGUUAAGGCUAUUUCCAUAGUUUUGUCAUGUUUUAUUUAUGAUAUGAAUGUGCACAUUGAUUCAGUUAGACAAUUACUCAUUUGCUUUUAAAUCUUUGCUAUUAGUCAUUAAGCCAAAUGUAUACGCACUUAGUUCAUUCAGGAAACUAACAGAGAAAUUAGUAAUUUUCAAUGACUUGAAUUGCAUGUGAAUCUUUUAAAAUAUUUUAAUAAAAAUUCCUAACAAAAAAGUUUUCAUUCCACAAACUAUAUGAAGGUGGUAUAAAUGUUGGAACCUUGCACAUUUAGGCAUUAAAGGAAAUAUGUAAGAUGUUGAUAAAGCAGCCAAAGCUGCAGUUACUAUAAAGAUUAAAAUAUACCUUUACCUCUCAAUAAUUUUUUGCUCUCUCUAACCCCUCAUCAUCAGUAAAUGCUAGGCACUGAGGAGUAUAAUGAAUCUGACUGUAGUAAACUGGAACAUUAAAUGAGCAGUUAAUUUCUGUAUUCUUCAUUCCCAAAAGAACACCACUGAAGUAAUCUUAUCCUAUCUCCUAAUUGGUCUCUUGUCUAUCUCGCAGAUAUUUGAUGACUAAUCGGCAUCAACCAGUUUGAAUGCAGAAUAACUUCUACAAUAAAAAAUAUCUUUAGUGAAUAUCAAAUCCUUCAGCCCACAAUGUAUAUCAAGUUCAGUAAUAUGUACCACCACAUUUUUUACCUAAUGGUGGUUUUCUCAAGAAUAAUAGGGAAAAAUAAAAGUUGACCUACAUCAGUACGUUAUAAAUCUUUAUAUCGGUUAGGAACAAAAUCAAUAAGAAAAAGUGCCAAAUCACAUAAAAACAAAUGUUAAAAUAUUAAGAUUAUAUACAGUAAUGUAAUGUAAAGUAUAAAGUCAUUCAAAACUUUUUAGAAAAUUGAGCUUUAUUUUUAUGAUGUUCGGGUAUGCAGUACAGUAUGCUGUACAGUUGUUCGUACAUAAUUCCAGCAUUCAGCUACGAGUCUAAAAAUACAAAAAAAUAAAAAGAAUAGAGCCAUAUCAGAGGAAAACAAAAAGUUCAGGUAAUGUAUACAGAAUAAUCAACCUAUUAUGUAAUAUAUAUACAUACACAGAAUGAAAUUUAAAAGCAACAAAGCCACUUGGCAGCACUACAUUUUGGCAACAAAUUCAAGCUUGUGCUUGAGAUAUUAUUGGCAGUUCUUGUUUACACUGAAUUUGUGUCUAAUGAUUACUACCAUGGCUUCAAGGAAAGUUACUUGUGCUACUGCUACUAAGCAUAAUGCUGUUCCAUUGAAAAAUAAGGUGGUUGUGAUGAAACACUACAAAAUGUUGAAAAGGUGACCACCAUAGCUUGUUCUUAGCUGGAGUUGGAGGACAGUAUUGCCAAUUGUUCACAAUAGCACACAUCAAGGAUGAUGCUCAAGGGAUGAAAGGCACCAUCAAGAAACCAUGUAAGAUCUAUGAAGAAAUUGAACAACUUCACUCUCUUUAGAGAAAGACAUACUGUACAUGUACUGUCAAACAACAUACACAUAAUAUCCAUCUAUUAUCAUUAUUAUGGGGUUGCUUAUAGGUAUUUAUAAGGUGUCUAGGUCAUUUUUUAGAGGACUUAUUUGGUUUAGAUAAUUUUUUUACUUUCAUCACAUGUCUUGAAUUAAAGGUGUAGGAUGAGGUAUUAAUGUAUUGGAAACAAAGUAUUGAAAGCAAUUUAUCAUAAUUCUCAACAUAUUAGGUUUAUCCAGUUAUUACAGUUGUAUGGAGUUGCUGCAUUAAAUAAGGUAUAAUUAUUUAUUAAAAGCAAACUCUUCAGGCUAACUCUAUGUGGAUAAAGAUUCUUAAUAUAAUAUUCUGGUUAAAUUAUGUAUCAGUAGUACAUUAAUAAUAAUUCAGUUACAGCAUUCUCACAAGUUAACUUUGUUUUUCUAUAAAAAAAAACUUAAGGUUGUAAAGAAGGUGACAUAAUGUACUGGCCCAUAUUUAUUCAUUCUUAGAAUUUUGUUAAAUUUAACUAAAUCCACCAGACUUAUUGCUGAGUGGAACUUCCAGUUGCAUCUGAAUGUUUCUUGUCAUUUACUGUGUUCACAUAUAUGCUCAUGCUACUAUUUUCUGACUCUUACAUGCUCUAGAUAUCAUAUUAAUCAUAUGUUGCCAUCUUUGAGAGUUGAUCAGGGCAGCAUAAUGUAAAUGUUUACAUCCCAGCUUUUUUGUGAUGGUAGGUAAAUAACUUCCCUUGAGUUUUGUAGCAUUUAAACAUGUCUGUUUGCACACACACACACACACACAUAUAUAUAUACUAUUGGUUUUUAUGCAAUUUUAAGAUAUCCCUUCAGAACAAACACCAGAUCAGUCUAGGGACUCAUGACAUAUGGCUUUUUAUUUUUUUAGGGAAAAAGGGCUAUACAUUUCUCUUUUAUGUAUACCAGGAACCUCAGUAGUAAUGUUCUGUACUUAAGACAAUAGUUGUGACCAAAAUAAUCAUAUACAGUACAUACUCUUUCUUGGGUUUACUGCAGCAGGGAUUGCUAUAAAGAGUAUUUACAAAGUUAUAUAUGGAGUUUUGGGUAAUACUGUCUUGCUGAGAGAAGUUAUAUUGAGAGCCCAUGAUUCACUGUUGCUUGAGAUUUGAAUUUUUAUCAUUUACAGAGUUUACAAGGUUUGGGGUGUUUCCAUUUUACUUACUGAGUACUAGGUAUUCAUUCACAUAUGAAACAGCACCAUCUUCAUAAUCAUCAUCAUGAAUAAUAUAGAUUUAUGCUCCUUCAAAUUGUGUCCUAUAUUGUACUACCACUAAAAUGCCUUCCUGUAAAUACUUGACUUUUUUUUUUCAUCUGAUUGAAUCUUCCUUAAGUGAAAACUGAAAAUGGUGAUAUAGUGAGUAGAAGGGUCCCUCUGAUUGUAGAUACUCGCAUAAUACUAUACUGUACUGGGCAAUAAACUAACUAGAUUUAAAAGAGAAAAGAGAGAGAGAGCUUUUGGUUAUGAAUCAAAGCUAAUGAAAAUUUUACAUUUUAAUACUGACAUUCUCCUUCAUUAGAAAGUAAAUUUUAUCAAAUCUUUAAAUUUUAUUUACACCAGUAACAAUGAAUGAUUAAGUAAAUGUAUAUUACCACGUGCUUGUACUUGGACUUCUUGAGCAUUACUUCGUUUUGAAAUAAUGAUAAAGCAUAUUACAUCAAAUUUUUCUGCUCUUUUGCAUUUAUUGAAGUUUCUCACUUUCAAAGAAUAAAAAAUUAUAUUUAAAAAUUGUUCCUGUUUGUUGUUACAUGACUGACUUCAAAAGUUUUUUUUUGUAUAUGUACCAUGAGUUCAGUUUUUAUAAAGUGAAAUUUUUUAUUGAAUGAAACCUUGUGAAAACAUAAUUGCUUUUGGUAACUGAAUUUGCAUUGGAGAUUGGAUGGUAAAUAAAAUAAUGAAAUGACAAAGGUUUGAGAUUUAAUUCAGUGAGUAGGUUCCUGUGAUGAUUUUAAGCAACAUACUAGGUAGACCAAAUUUACUAGAAUUUUUUUCUUUUUGUCAGUAUUAAAUGUUUCUUGUAAUAUUUGAAAUGCUGAAAUUUAUUUCAAAAAUAAAAUGUUGAAGCAGUAGGCUGUUAGUGCUUAAAGUAAUGUUAUAACUAAGUAGAAUUUUGUUACAUCAUUUUUUGUUUACAACAGGGUUUGUAAUUCUACUAUAAAAAAUGUGAUAAUUUUAUAUGUUGUAUCAAAAUUUUUCAUAUCUUAUAAGAAAAAGGAGAACAUCUGCUUAUCAGGUGUUUAGUUGUAUAUGUUUCAAGUGAUGAAGUGCUUAUUGCUAAUGAUAAAUAUUGUAGCUUACCUUGGAUCCACCGGUGCGGUUCAGCCAGACGAGCUGUUACUUUUUUCUGUAUUCCCCCCCAUCUUCAUACCAUUCUCUGGUAGGCAAAUGUGAUGUUUUGCAACCAUAUUGAGAUGAAUUAAGUAUAAUCACAAAACAUGUAAUUCUAGGUAAAAGUUACCAGAAUACUUAUUACUUUUUAUUAUUAAUAAGGGAAUGCAACUUUUUUCCAGUGACUUCCUGCCCCCACCCCCCACCCCCACAAAUUGAGCUUAAUUCCUGAAUUCAUAAUGUACACUGUCAAUAUUUACACAUGUAACUUUUUUUUCCUUAGCUUCUUUAUUAAGCUUGCUUUCUUGGUUUGUUUAGCUGCAUUGCAAAGGUAUGUCUUACAGUAAUAACAUAAUAGAUAUCAAAAUAUUAAUUUCUUUAUUUGGGAUGUUUACUUCAGAAAUUUCAAGCGCCUCAGUGGCGUGGUUGGUAUGGUGUUUGCUUCCCACCUCAGGUCGCGGGAUCGAUUCUUGGCCAUUCCAUUGAGGAGGGAGAGAUGUGUAUUUCUGGCGAUAAAAGUUCACUCUCGACGUGGUUCGGAAGUCACGUAAAGCUGUUGGUCCCGUUGCUGAAUAACCACUGGUUCCAUGCAACAUAAAAACACCAUACAAACAAACUUCAGAAAUUUCCAUUCAAUAAUAAGAUUUUGUUGUCUACUGUUUUCCUUUCAUUCCAAAUCAUAUGAGGCACUGCCAUUAACUGAAACUUGGUGAUUUAUGGCACCAAUAGCCGGUUAAUGGCACCUCUGUUACUUAUUUUAUGGCUCCACAACUCUAUUAUCGGCACCUUAUGGCACCAAUACAGGCAGUCCCCGGGUUACAACGGUCUCGGCUUAUGACGUUCCGAGGUUACGACGCUCUUCAAUUAUAUUCAGACAUUAUUUCCAGGGUUACGAUGCCUACAACGCUCAUCUGGCAGAUGAAAUAUGACACCAAAACUGCAAAAUAAUCAAUGUUUGAAGGUUUUUUUGAUGAAAAAUGCCAUAAGAAUGCAGUUUACAUAGUUUUCAAUGCACCCAAAGCAUUAAAAGUAAGGUUUUCUUAGGAUUUUUGACGAUGUUCCGGCUUAUGACGCAUCUCAAGAACGGAACCCCCGUCGUAACCCGGGGACUGCCUGUAUUUGGAACUGGGCACAUUAUGGUGCCACAGUUGCAAAACAAUACAGGCAGUCCCCGGGUUACAACGGGGGUUCUGUUCUUGAGACGCAUUGUAAGCCAAAAAUUGUCGUAAGCCGGAACAUCAUCAAAAAUCCUAAGAAAACCUUAAUUUUAAUGCUUUGGGUGCAUUCUAAACUAUGUUAACUUCAUUCUUAAUGCAUUUUUAAUCAAAAAUACCUUCAAAUAUUGAUUAUCUUGCAUUUUUGGAGUCAUAUUUCUUUUGCCAGAUCAGUGUUAUAGGCGUCGUAACCCUGGAAAUAAUUUCUAAUAAAUAUAAUUGAAAAGCGUUGUAACCUCGGAACGUCGUAAGCCGAACCCAUCACAAGCCAGGGACUGCAUGUACUUACAGUCCUAUAUAUCUUAGUGAUGUCCAAUUUCCAGCCAACAUUGUAUGUCUUAAAAAAAUCUUUGAAAGAAAUUUGGCCAGAAUCUCCAAUAUUCCCAAUUUAUCUUAUUUGAAUCCUUCAGGCCAGCCCCCUUGAGAGUUGCAUAAAUUCCCUGAGUGGUAUGGUUAAAUUACAGAGUAAUUAUCAGAAUUUUAAGAUGUAAUAUGAAAAUUAUAUAUCCAAUACACUAUAUGAUCAUUGUUCCUAAACUCUUUGGGUCAAUUCUAUGAAAGUUAAAAAUUACUCACUUGUCUGGUUAGACUAUUUCUUAUAAUGUGUAACCAGGUUACUCAAAUGAGGAUUUUUUUAAUCGAGUACCUUUAUAAUGCGACUAAUCUACAUCAAUGCUUCCUGUUUAUGAGUGGUUGCUGUUUUUUCAUUAUCUAUUGGAACCCAAUUUUUUUUAGUUCAAUCUUUUGUAUGAAAUGAUUGGGAUGGAAUGGAACUUACAGGUAAGUAAACCAUAAUCUGCUCCCUGGAUGACCUGUAUAGGUGGAUCCCAAACAUACAAUACCUAAAUUAGCACCAGAAUCUCUAGUAUGUUUAAUACAUAAUAAGUCAUAGUUAGUUUCCUUGAUAAAUUAAAGUUGGUAAGGAUACUGCUAUUGUUACAAGAAUAAAAGAUAUAGUUUUAAAUGUACUUUGCUGAUUGAAAGUUGAUUACAGGCAGUCUUCGGUUAUCGGCGGUUGUUCCGUUCCGUUAGCAUUAUAAGCGAAAAUCGCCAAUAACAGUAAGUUGGCAAUUUUCUGGGCUUACCAGCGCCAAUAACAGUUCAUGGCGCCUAUGUUAGGUAUGUAUCAGUGCCAAUAACCAGAAAUUGGUGCAUUUCAGCACCGAAAAUCCUGUGAUUGUUUGGUGCUAGACAAGCCACACAAAACCGGAUCGCCAAUAACUGGGAACUGCAUGUACUAAUUACUUCCUUGUCUGAUGCAGCUUUUAAAUUUACAGGUUGAAUUCAGUGGUGACCAAUUUAUCACUUAUAAACGAUAAUUUUCCAUUCAAUAUAUUUUUAUGCUCAUCUAUUUUAAUCACAUAGCAUAUACUAUAUAUGUAUAUUUUGGAUUGAAAUGUUGCUGUGCUCAUUUGUAUGAGUAUUUUUUGGAUUCCAUUGCCAUGAUAACAGCAUGUACAUGUCUUAAUUUCAGGUAAUGGUACAGUAUUUUCAAAAAAAUUUAUGCGAUGCUGCAAGACAUGUUAUAACUUAUGUCUGUUGUAAACUAUUAAAUCAUUUAGUCUUUUUUAACAAAAUAUUACCUUUAGUCUCAGUUUGUUGUAUGUUGUUUUAAAUUUCUGUAGGUAAUGAGCACAAGUCCAAAAUAUUUCACAUGCACCUUAUUCAUGAUGUUCAUAGGCCUACUUAUAUCUUUGGCUUAAAUAUUUUUAUUAUACUCCCAAUUUGGUAUGUGUAUGUGUGUGCAUGUGUAUAGGCCUUACCAAACUAGAAAUUUAUAUGUGGAACUAAUGUACUUUCUUGAUAAGAUAACCUAAUAAUGCAAUUAUGGGACCUGUUGCUAGUAUAAUGUGCUUUUCCCAGAAAAUUUGUCAAUAGUAUUCUGUAAUUGUAAUCGAUGAUUAAUUACUGCUUCAACCCAUUUCAUUAUCAGCAAUAGUCAGUGUUCUCAGUUUGUGUUAUGUAAUAUAUGGAUUAAUGAACUGGCCUAGUUAUCUUUCAGGAAUACAGUGUGGUACUUAUAUAUGUAGAUAUGUGCUAAAGGUGUUGUGUUGAUCUAAGAGGUUGUAAAAGGUAUGUUGGGUGAAUUUACAUCAUAAGCUAUUUUAGCAGGGAAAAUUUUUGUAUCAUAUCCUUUUAAAAUGAAUGCCUGUUAACAAAA